AUGCCCUCCCUCCCAGAAUCCUACAGCUCCCUCCCCCUCCAACACAUCCGAAUCUCCCACGUCCCAGCGACCUCCCCAACGCCCACGCCAGUAAUACUAAUCACGCUCUACCGUCCCGGAAAACACAAUGCCUUCACCGAAACCAUGGCCAUCGAGCUCGAAACCGCAUUCACAACCCUCUCGCUCGACCCCCGCGUGAAAACCAUAGUCGUCACCGGCCACGGCAGGAUAUUCUGCGCAGGCGCCGACCUCGAAGCCUCCAGCGACCUAUCGUCAAGCUCACCCUCAUCCCCCUCAAGCACAGCAGAUAUCAACAACGCCCGACGCAACCAUAGAGACACAGGCGGCCGCGUGACGCUCGCCAUCCACCGCUGCUCCAAGCCCGUGAUAGCCGCUAUCAACGGCAGCGCCGUGGGCGUCGGCAUCACCAUGACGCUGCCGAUGUCCAUCCGCGUGGUGAGCUCCAGCGCCAAAAUCGGCUUCGUGUUCGCCCGCAGGGGCAUCGUCAUGGAGGCCGCUUCGUCGUAUUUCCUGCCCCGGCUCAUUGGGCUUAGUCGUGCUAUGCAUCUCGUUACUACGGGUUCCGUGUACCCCUCUACAUCCCCACUACUAUCCUCGCUGUUCUCGGAGGUUGUGGCCCAGGGGAGCGUGCUGGAUAGGGCGCUGGAGAUUGCGGCGGAUGUAGCGGCGAAUACUAGUACGGUUAGUACGGCGCUGAUGCUGGAUCUGAUGUGGAGGGGUCCUGGGUCGGCGGAGGAGGCGCAUUUGCUUGAUAGUAAAGUGCUGAAGGAGGUUUUUGAGGGCGCGGAUAAGAAGGAGGGCGUGGAGAGCUUUUUGGAGAAGAGGGAUCCUAGGUUUGAAGGGGAUAUGGGGAGGGAUGCGCCGAGUGUUUGGCCUUGGUGGGGGGCGGUGGAUGUUAGGAAUAAGGAGGGGGAGGGGAGGUCGAAGCUUUGA